AUGAGCAACAAGCGGCUGCGCUCGCGUGAACUCAAGCAGGGGGAUACGAAUACCGAGGCCGCAGUGGCCGCGUCGGUUUCAGCAUGGGGCUCGCGGCUGCCAUGCGUCAAAGAUGAGCCCGCGCCGAAUGACGCGCUGACUGCUCUACUGAACGCACCAUCUUCAACGACCUUUAAGACGGUGUCUCUGUAUAACCACAUGGGUGUGGGCUGUCAAGUGACUGCGCACGACACAUUGACGCUCGCCGACAAGGAAUAUCUGGGCGACGCGGUCUUCGAUUUCCAUAACAUCAAGGCGUAUGCGUAUGCCAAGCUUCACAAGAAGCCGAUUGGGAGGUGCACGGGCCCGUCUGUGUUCGAGUACGAUUACAUCGCCGUCCCGGUAUAUGCCCGCAGGAUUGUAAGCCAGACGGCCGCACCUGUGGAGUUCAUUCUGUUCGACAGUGACGGCCUCCACGCCAAGACUACUGAUGCCUUUGACGGGACUAAAGCCUGGGACUGCGGAGUGUACAUGUGCCAGUAUCUCGAAGCACUGGUGACAUCUGGGUUCAUAACCGUGAGAGAGUACAUAUCGUUCAAGGGGGUGAGCGCUGAGAGGUACCGCCACAAGAUGCGUGGGGAUCUUUGUUCUCAUGCCGAGGGAACGCUGAUUCCCGAGCUGCAGCGCCAGGGUCUCCGCAUACCUCUGCAACCUAUUCCCGUUAUCGACGACAACGGAUACAUCUGCGUCGACCCUCCCGUGGACAUCCGAAGAGAGCUGCUAGACCAUAAGGAGAAGUUCGCUGUGAUUGAGCACGACAUACAAGUUCUGACGGCCAAGAUCGAGUAUCUGGCCAUCCGCAAAGGCGUGACGUCGGACGAGCUGGACGCAGGGGCGCGCCAACACCUUGGUGCCGUGGUGGACACGCUGGUAGAGUCGGCGACUCCACGCAAGCCCGCUAAAGCAGACCCUACCGCGGACAGAAGUGGCCCAAUGGAAGUCGCGCACACUCCACCAACGCGUGCACUGGCGGCAGUGCCAUCAAUCUCUCCCUGUCUUGCACCUCACACAUCUGCCGAGAAAGAUAGCCAAGUUACUGCCGGAGACGCGACACCUGCUGUGGUCAGGCAACAACAGCGCGACCAUCUUGCAGUGGCUUUGCGCAGCCGCGCUAAGACUCCCGUGCCCGCAGCUCCAGGUAACCCUGGAAGGGUCGCAAGCAGCGGCCGAACGGGAGUUAUGUGGAACGCAGAGAAGCAGAGGUACUACGUCCGGAUCAUAUCUGCUCGCCGUCAGCAGGUUCGUCUAGGGUCGUACGAGGACAAGGACGAGGCGUCAUACGCGUAUGCUGCGGCAGCUGUUGUACUUCGCCCGAACUCACGCAUCAGCUGCACGGUUGAGCUGUCCGACGGUGACAGGCAGGCUUUAGCAGGCUGCACAGAGGAGAUCCUAAGGCUACUCGUGAAGUACAGGCGGUGGAACAGAUGGAGGGAGUGGAGAGCCGCAAUGGCUGGCGUGGACGACGCGCAGCCGGUCGAUCGCCGUUCGCGGCGAAAGGGCAGAGUGUCCCGGGCCAUUAGUGACGUUGAGGAGGUGGAGGCGAUCACGCAGACUACAGAGGACCAGCCUAUGGCAAACGAGCCAGAGGACCGAACAGAGGACUACAUGGAUGACGAUGAGUCCGUUGACGAUGAUGCUGUGUAUGAACUUGGAAACGAUACUUUCGACGAAGAUGAUGGAUGGGAGGAUGUCAACCGUGCACAGGGUGUUGCAUGA